UCGAAUCAAACCCGGCUGCUGAAGAGCCGCGGACCCCACAGAUACCUUCUGUUGAAACGGGUAGCCGCCUCGUUUGGGAAGCUGGCUGCGUCGGUGGGAGUCAUGGAGGACGCGGAGAAAGGCGCUCGCGGCAAGCGGGAGACCAUCAAGAUCGGAGAGGGCUCUGAAGGAAGCAUUGGGGUCUGCGGGUGGAUCCUGGUUAUGGUGUCGUUCUUUUUGAUUACCAUCACUUUCCCAAUAUCCAUCUGGAUGUGCAUAAAGAUUGUCAAGGAAUAUGAGCGAGCCAUCAUAUUUAGGCUUGGACGUAUCAUAAAAGGAGGUGCAAAGGGGCCAGGUCUGUUUUUCGUAUUGCCCUGCACAGACAGCUUUAUCAAAGUGGACAUGAGGACCAUAUCAUUUGAUAUACCGCCACAGGAAAUUCUUACCAAAGAUUCAGUGACAGUUAAUGUGGAUGGUGUGGUUUAUUACCGAGUUCAGAAUGCCACCCUUGCUGUUGCCAACAUCACCAAUGCAGACUCAGCCACUCGGCUCCUGGCUCAGACCACGUUGAGGAAUGUUCUUGGGACCAAGAACCUCUCUCAGAUCCUCUCUGACCGGGAGGAAAUUGCACACAGCAUGCAGGCCACACUAGAUGAUGCCACAGAUGACUGGGGCAUAAAGGUGGAGCGGGUAGAGAUCAAAGAUGUGAAGCUGCCCAUCCAACUGCAGAGAGCCAUGGCUGCUGAAGCAGAAGCUACCCGGGAAGCAAGAGCAAAGGUCAUCGCAGCAGAGGGCGAGAUGAAUGCCUCAAGAGCCCUCAAGGAAGCCUCAAUUGUCAUCACAGAGUCUCCUGCAGCUCUCCAGCUCCGCUACCUGCAGACCCUGACCACGAUCGCUGCCGAGAAGAACUCCACCAUUGUAUUCCCGCUGCCCAUAGAUAUGCUGCAAGGCAUUGUGGGAAGGAGGAGCUGAGGGUGCUGAUGGGAAGCCAGGUGUAUCGAAAAGCGUGAGGCAUUGUGGGGGAGAGAGAGGGGUGAUGAUUUCAGCGCGACCUUCGUGUCUGUUUCUUGUGACUCUCAUAAGCUCAGAUACUUUUUUGUGUUUCAUCCAAACAAAUUUUCUGCUUUCAACAUAGGUGGCCACCUCCGAAAACUCAUUCUUCCCUCUCUGUUGCCCCUUCUUAUUGAUGAGAGAGGUUCGGAGGAUCUGCAUCUCCCAGAAAAUUAGAGAGGAGGUUUUUUUUCUCAGCUACCAUAUGGAGCUAGGGGUUGCCUUAAAAUAACAAUGUUUUCCUCCUCUCGCCUGGGAAACUUCUUUCUUGUCAGAGAGCCAGCAGUGGAACUUUCCGCUGCUGUUUCGCUCCAACCAAAGGGACAGAAUUAGCACGCUGGAGUUAUGGAGACAAUAUGCUUGUUCGGGUUUCUUUUUAUAGGUGUGUUUUUCUAACCUAACACAAUUACAUUUGCAAACACUUCCCCAAUACCUUUUGUACUUUAUAAAACGGCACCUAUUUUUUCAACACUUUUUUAAAAAAAAAAAUAGAUUACUAUUUUUUGGUUCUGCUUUUAAGAAUGUGAUCAACUGAAAGUUUGACAUUCUACAGCCAGGAGUCUCCCUGUAACUGGAGUCUUUCAGCAUUUUAGAAUACUUAUAAUACUUAGAAUACUUUUCAUUGAAUUUUUCCAGAAGGUUAAUGUGAAGAACUUUUCCUUUCCCCCACUUUAAUGUGAACGACUUUUCCUUUCCACAUGAUUCUAUUAUUUUUACUGUUGUUGUUAUUAUUAUUGUUGUUGUUAAAUCUCAGCUUUUUUGCUAAAAGCCAGGACUGAAGGUUUCCUGGUAUAUUUGCAUCGUAAGUUUUGUAUCCAGUGUGAAUCAGAAUACUGUAGUAGAUUUAAUUUCUAACAGACAGCACUGAGGUUAGCUACAAUAGUAUGGUAUUAGCAUGGUGUGUGAGCUUUCAAUAACAGAAAAACUUGUGAGAAGGGAUGGCUAUUGUGGUCUUUAUGACUUGUAUAAUAAUUCAAAAAGUGGU